AUGGGGAGCGUAGAAGACACAAAUUUCAAGGAGGGAGACAUCGUGUGGUAUGACAACCAAGCCUCCAGCCCGGAGGGAAUUGCGGACAACAAUACUUUGUUCACUCUGUGUCGUAUAAUCCACAAGAAGGAGGACGAUGAAGUCAUGCUAUCCAAGCACAGCGACUACAAUGGAAAUAUAUUUACGAGCAAAGUGAAGAACAUACAGAAGGCCAACCAUCUCUUUACCUUCGACCAAAAUGACAUGAUAAAGCUGAAACAUAUUAAUGGUCCCACCCUGUUGAAUCAUCUGCACGAAAGAUUUAAGAACAAAAAAUUUUACACAAGAAUGGGUCCUUUACUGAUAUUUGUAAAUCCCAAUAUGAACUUGAACCUGAACAAUGAACAAACUAUUCGCAUGCACAAGUUUUCCAGGACACCUGGGGAGGGGAAUCUGAAUGAGUACACCGUUGCUCUUUCUGCGCUUCGAAAUUUGAGCAUGUUAAAACGGAAUCAGUCUAUUAUUGUGACUGGUGAGUCUGGAUCGGGGAAAAGUGAAAUCACGAAGAAUAUUUUAAAUUUUCUGGCCUACCAAGCGGAGGGAAAUGAAAGCGAAGCGAACCAGUUGGAUGAGGCGAGCCAAGUCGACGAUACAGUCGUCUCUAACCAACCGAACCAAGGGAGGUUCGCCGAAACAAUAGCCCAUGUGAACGUACUUUUGGACGCGUUCGGAAGCGCCAAAACGAGAAAAAACAACAAUUCCAGUAGGUUAUCCAAGUUUUUCACCUUAUAUAUAGAUGAGAAGGGGCGUGUGAAAUCUAUGCAUGUGAAGAAAUUCCUCUUCGAGAAGGACAGGCUGAUGGGGAGGAGUGGAACGGGGGUAGAAGGGGGCGACGAGAAUGGUGUGGAACACGAACGGGAACGCGAGAAUUCCUUCAAUAUUUUUUACUAUAUCCUAAAUGGCUCAAGUGAGAAGUUCAAGGAAAUGUACUACUUGAAAGAUGUGAAGUAUUACAAGAUGUUGCGAUUGAGGGGUUCGCUGCGGAAGGGGAAGACCAUGGCUGUGGACGAAAAGAAUCGGGUGAAUGAAGCGAACGCAAUGAAGGAGAACUCGGUGGAUGACAACAUUGUGAAUGAGGACACAAUCGUCGAUGGCAUUGUGAACGACGACACGGCGAAUGAGAAAUCGUCCUCAACAGAAGAUGCGGCCAAAUUCCUUGAAUUGCUAAAAUCAUUGAAUUACUUUUUUGAUGACGACAAGGAAAUAGAUUUUGUCUUCUCUAUCCUCUCGGGCUUGUUACUGCUAGGGAAUGUAGAAACGGUGAAAAUGCUACGACAAAAAUCUUUGUUAAGGAAGAGCCUCCUGUGUGAAAGUUCUCUGAACUACGAAGAGUUACAAAAUUUCUUGGAAGAUUCGAAUGAAGAUUUAUUAAUUGAUGAUAACGUCAAGAACUUCCUGUUAGCUAGUAAGCUUCUUGGUAUGAAUCCACAAGAACUGGUCAAAUACUUCACCACAAAGUAUGUGUUCAAUGAUAUUUUACUUAUGAAAGUACAUAACGAAACGAAAAUCCAUAGGAAAAUGGAAUCUUUUAUUAAGACCAUUUACGAUGAAUUGUUUAACUGGGUUUUACACAAGGUGAACUGCAAGUUGGGAGCUCUAAAUGGAGGAGACUUGGCGAGUUCUCAGAAAGAAAAUGUUGAAGGGAACUACAUAAACGUUCUGGAUUUGUCAUACUUUGAAAAGGGAGAAAAAAAUUCUCUCACUGAAUUAUUAAUCAAUACUAGCAAUGAAGCGGUGCGUAAGAUGGUGGUAGAUUUUUUAUUCAAAAAGAGAAUGAAUCUGUGUAGGGAAGAAGGAAUUAUAGAAGCAUCUUCCUCCUGUAACUUGGAACAGAUAGACAACGAAGGUUUGUACAAUGUAUUGGUUCAGGAAGGGGAGGGAUCUCUGUUUUCGUACCUGGAAUAUCUGUCCAUCGGAAAGUAUACUGAGAAGAGCAACUUGCACUCAUUAAUAUUAAAGAAGUUUUCGAACGAAGGAGAGUACAUAAAGAAGACUCCUUCCAAUAUUUCAGGGGAGAAGAGUAGGAAAUCAUCCUCCUCUUCUUUCACAAUUGUCCACACGUGUGGUGAGGUUCCCUACUCAUCCGAUGAACUCAUCAGCCAGAACAUUGAUAUACUUACCAAUAAUUUUAUUGACUUGAUGAAAAAAUCGGGGAAUCCAUACCUAGAGAAACUCUGCUGCAGUUACAAUUAUGAUUCUACUGGAAAUAUAGUGGAGGAGAAGAGACGCUAUAGCAUUCAGUCCGCUCUGAAAUUAUUUCGACGAAAGUAUGAGUCGAGAAAUCAAAUGGCUGUUACUAUGUUGAGGAAUAGUUUGAUCGAACUGAUGAAAGUGAAGGAGAGUACUUUUUGUCAUUUCAUAUUUUGCAUGAAUUCCAACCAUAACCGGGAGAAUGAACGGGGGGAAAUUAUCAACUUGUUUGACGAGCGUGUUGUUUUUGAACAGGUUCAGAGCAUGUCCCUUACGCAGUUCAGACAACUCAAGGGCGCUGGGCUCUUCCCCCACGCCUUUUACUUUCAGGAGUUACUGGACCUGCUGGACGGGCCGGUGGAAAGUAACGCAGAAACGGAAGAGGAAGGAGCGGCAAAUGAGGAAGGGGCAGAAGUGGAGACUGUAGAGGCGGUGGAAAGUAAUGCAGAAGUGGCAGAGGAAGGGGCGGAUGAGGAAGAAGUGGAUGAGGAAGAAGUGGAUAAGGAAGGAGUGGAUAAGGAAGGAGUGGAUAAGGAAGGAGUGGAUAAGGAAGGGGUGGAUAAGGAAGGAGUGGACAAGGAAGAAGUGACAGAGCAAGAAGUGACAGAGCAAGAAGUGGCAGAGCAAGAAGUGACAGAGAAAGAAGUGGCAGAGCAAGAAGUGGCAGAGCAAGAAGUGACGGAAGGAGAAAACGAGGAUUACACCCAGGCAGACGCUAAGAAGCGUAUCGAAGACAUGAUGAUAUCAUACAACAUCAGUAAGAGCGAGUGGGCCAUGGGAAAAAAUAGAAUUUUCCUGACGGAUACCUCUUUAAGAAUUCUGAUACAGAACAAAUGGGAGGAGUAUAGACAAAGAAUACUCCCCAAGUUGGUUGCAGUAAUAAAUGAUGAUGAAAGGGCGCACCAUGGAAGGGAAGAAUCUGCCUCCAAAGUAGCAGGGUUAGUAAACUUAGAGUGCGUAAGAAUGAGCCAAGUGUACAAGAAAGAGGAUGCUAAUAUGAUCCAUCAGAUGGUGAAACCAGGAAUGAAUUCCGAAUCAACAGAGGGAAACAGCUAUUUCAAGGAUAUCAUACAACUUAUGCACCUGGAAAAAAUAAGAGAGUUGUAUAAUUCAGGGGGAGAUAAAGGAAAGGACAACAAGGGGGAUGAACGUGAUGUAAAUGGCGCUGACAAUGUGUCGAUAGAAAAAGGAGGAGACUUGGACCAAAGCGAAGAGAGUAAUCUGAAUCAAACCUCAGUAGAGAUGUGUGGUAUUAGUCAUAUAUUAAAUAACGUACCUACGUGCAGCGCCAAGAUGAAUGAUGCGAAUGAAACCCUCAAUGGGUUCAGUUGUACGGAGAUACCCCUGAACGAUAAGUGUACUUGUUGCAUGGGAAUGCCUAACUUCUGCAACAGGCACUCGUCAUCUGAGGAGAUAAAGUUUGCGGACAGCGUGGAUGGAAGUGUAGUGGCUGACGUGGAAAAGGGAGAGGUCGAAGAGGGACAAGUGGAUCAGGAACAAGUACAACAAGGAGAAGUGCAACUGGAGGAAGUAAAACUAGAAAAUGUGGAAGAAGGCGAAGCGAACGGAGAGUCAAUGGAGGAAGAGUUAUCGAAUGUGGAGCAGUCAAAUGGAGAGCAUCUCAAUGGAGAAGUCCAAGAGGAUGAUGUGGCCGAGGUGGUGGUCCCAGCGGAGCACGCUACAAACGGUGAGGAAGAGGAAAAGAAGGAAAGAUGCACUGUGAACAAGGACACUGCAGAUGUAGGAGAAUCGCAGGAGCAUGACGUAGAUGUGGAAGGGGAUGGUUCUGUACCGAGUGAAGUAGACGGCGGUGAGGAUGGCGCGGAGGAAGCGAUGAUAGGGGUGGAAGUGGUGAAUUUGAAAGAUGAAGAAGAAGAUGAUGAGGAGGAUGACGAGGGGGAGAUAGAAGUGGAAGGUGGGGCGGAUGAGCAGAACGAAGGGGAGGUACACGUGGAAGGAGCGGAAGGUGAGGCAAAUGAUGUCGUGGUAGAGAUGGAGAAGGAGGAGUCGAUGCAGGGAGACCAAGUGGAGGUGCAUGAUGAGUCGGUCGACGUAGAAGAGGAGAUGCCCAAAGCGGAGGAGCUGGAGGUGCAGGCACUGGAAGUUGAAAUAGAUGAAGAAGCGACAGGGGAGGUGGAAGAGAAGGUAGAAGCGGUAGACGAGGCGGAAGCGAAAGUAGAAGCUGAAGUGGAAGCGGUAGAAGACAUGAACCCCUUCAGCGAGGAAGACGCAACCAACCAGAUGAAUCCGUUCGACGAGAUAGAUGAUGCAGCCGAUGAAGUUAACCCCCCGCAGCCAGAGGACGAAAACUCGACAAAGGACGAAAGCAAGAAUCCGAAAGAGGAAGAUGUAGAUGAGGAAUACAUUGAAUACAAUCUGAACUGCUUUAAAGCAAUGGCAUCAAAGAAGAUGGGAGAUUUAAAUAAGAUGUUAUUAAGUUGUGCUGGAGAUGAAGUAAACAUGAUUCAGAAUAUGUUGGACUGUUACUUAUGUACCGAAGAAGGGAAUAAUUAUGAGCAUUGUUUUAUAGAACCCACAUUUUGGAACCCCUUAGAUGUAGGAGAAAAUGGGUUAACAGAAUACACAGCAGAAUUAAGGAACCCAAAGCAAAAGCACUUACUGUUGAGUCAUCUAAAUGAGAAGUACAUCACUCAUUCGGAUGAAAGAAUACAUUUAAUGAGCAUUUUAAAAAACAUAGUCAUUAGCAUGGAACACGUGCACAACAGAAAGUGGAACAUUUUUUUUACAUCCUCAGAUUAUUACUUUAAAUCCUAUCUCAAUAACGAAGAUCAUUUAUGCUUGCAAAAUGAUUCCAUUGAUUUAAAGGAAAAGGUCAUGCUGAACGAAGAGUGCAACUAUCAAAAGAACAAGAAGGAAAAAGCGCAUAAACAUAGAUAUAGUCCAAUCGUGGAAUAUUUAACUCUACCCACAGGGAAGGAUAUCCACGAAAUUUGUCUUUCCAACAAUGCAAAUAAAAGGUAUAUAAAAGAUAAUUACAGGAUUCUUUGUUUCCGAUCCAGGAAAGGUACCAAAUUGGACUUUAUGAAUGCCAAGUCAUUUUAUACAUCCAUAGAAUAUAAAAAGGUCAAGACGAAAAACAUAACUCAUGUGCACACAGACUUCUCCUACAUGGAUGAUAAAAUGAAAUGCAAUUUCAAGCAACACGUAAUUAAUGAGUUCAUUAAUAAUCCCUCUAUCACCAUGGAGGAGUUGGGAGAUAGUUUACUCAAUUUGGCAACAUACUUUUACUACGAAAACCGCGGUUCCUGGUGUGUCUUCGUGUCAAAGAAGCGCGCCUUCACGGGAGUUAUCAACAUAGUUAAGAAUAGAUACAUACGCAUGACGGCGAAGAAUAAGAAGAAGAAGUAUCACAUUGUUCUGUUCGAGACGCCCGUCUGA